UACCUCCAGUCUCGAGUCGAAUCUUCAACAUCAUUUCUGUGUCUUUGACACUUUCAAAGCUGUGUUAGCAAAAAGAAAUCUCAAAACUUUGCUUUUAUCUUAUUAUUUUGCACGUAGAAGAGAUAGAAACAUGCUGAACCUAGAGAGAAUUCCAGACCAAGUAGGCUACUUGGUUUUGACCGAAGACGGAGCAGUCGUAGCUUCUGGGGGAGAGCUGGAAAAUGACGAACAUCUGGCCACCAACAUCACCGAGCUGGUCUACACGAGUGAGGUUCUGGAGCAAGGCUCCUCACCCGAAAACAAAUUUCAGAAAAUAACAGUUGUUUAUGAUGACUACACUCUUGGAAUCUGUCUUUCGAACAAACGAAUUCACGUGGUGAAACGGAGAACUCCCAAUCAGCAGGUGACUGAUGCCCCACUGGUUGACAUGAACUGAAAGGUGGUGCAAGCUUAUCAAGAAUUUACAUGUGAUUGAAAAGUGUUAAUCUUACAUAACUUAGCUUACAAUAAUUGAGUUUAAGAUAAAAUUAUUGGAAAUAAAAGUACCAACUGAUUUCUAA